AUGGCCCGCCUCUUUGCCCCUCGUGUGGAUGGCACCUAUGUGGUGCCAAAAGAGCUGGUGGACCAGUACAAGGACUUGAAGCAGCGACCUGCUUUGGAGCAAGAGUUCCUGGACGCCGGCCUCGACAAGGAGCUCUUCGUGAAGCGCUCCGUCAAGAAGGUGAAGCGUCGCGAAUCGGAGUCUGAGGUAUGGGUGUCCGGACAGUUCGUGUCGGAUGCCGAUAUGGACGAGCUGGGCCUGACCGCGAAGAGGAAGAAGGCCGUUCAUGACGAAUGCGCCAAGAUGCGUGGAUGGAUCAGGUGGGGAGCAAGAGAGGGAGGGAGAGAGCAAAACCAUGUAUUACGUGACUACUUUCGGAAAUGA